CUGACAGUCAGACCCAGUGCGGACAGAGAUCUGGAGAGUGUGUGCUCUCGAAGCCGGGAUAUUAGUGCCUGCGGUGUCAGUGCCGUAGAUAAAGUCAGAGCAACGCUGAGGGGACAGACGUGAAGGAUUUCGGACCCGAGCAGCGCCGAGCUUUAAGACUGAAGAAAACUUCAACAACAUGCCGAGAUCUUUCCUGGUGAAAAGCAAAAGGGCCCACAGCUACCACCAGCACCGCUACUUCGACGAUGACUACAGUAGACUGGACACUAUUAUGGCUGAUGUGUGCGCAGAAACAAAAUCUCAAGCCGAGUUCGAUUCCAAUCUAGAGCAGGAAGACGUGAGGACCGGCGCUGACAGACUGUCCCCUGGGUCGCGGCUGAGGUCCCCGAGGUCUCUGUCCUCCAGCUCCCCGCUGAGCUGCGGAGGCAGCGCCUGUGACCGGUCCUCCGACUGUGAUUUCUGGCGUCCCCCGUCCCCCUCGUCCUCACCAGAUUCUGAGAAAUGCUCCACUCCUGCAGCGGAGGACGGUCACUCGAACAUGCCAAUCUUCCCGUACUCCUGGUCGGCAUACUCAGGAACCGAGCUGAGACAUCUGGUUCAGGGGUCUUAUCACCACCACCUCCAGAGCCACAGGGAGUCCCAGUCACCUAUAAGCAUCUACAGGGGAGAGGACAGCGGCAGUGAGUCCCUUUAUGUACAGCGGGGCCUCGCGGCCGGAUGUUACCAGGGUUAUUCUUCAACGGCCCAAAUCUGCAGGAUGCGGGACAGAGACGAGCUGUAUCUGGAUGCGAAGCAACAGGCCCGCGUGGCGGAAAUCAAGUCUGAGAACGAUUUCAUCCGCGCAAACCUCGAGUCGAGUGGAUCAUACAAGUGCAUUAAAUGUUGCAAGGUGUUCUCCACGCCUCACGGGCUGGAAGUUCACGUGCGGCGGUCGCACAGCGGCACGCGGCCGUUUGAGUGUGGGAUAUGCGGAAAAACCUUCGGACACGCAGUGAGCUUGGAUCAGCACAGAGCGGUUCACUCGCAGGAGAGGAGCUUCAGCUGUAAGAUCUGCGGCAAAAGCUUCAAGCGCUCUUCAACCCUCUCUACGCACCUGCUCAUCCAUUCCGACACGCGGCCUUAUCCGUGCCAGUACUGCGGGAAAAGGUUCCACCAAAAGUCAGACAUGAAAAAACACACUUUCAUUCACACAGGUGAGAAGCCGCACAAGUGCCAGGUGUGCGGGAAGGCCUUCAGUCAGAGCUCCAACCUCAUCACGCACAGCAGGAAACACACGGGCUUCAAGCCCUUCGGCUGUGACCUCUGCGGGAAAGGUUUCCAGAGGAAAGUGGAUCUGAGGAGGCACAAAGAGACGCAGCACGGACUGAAAUAAGCAGGAGUUAAUCGAAACUUGUGGCGCUUUAAGUUUGCUGUAAUUGGUUUAUUUCCCCCCUACUUAGCCUAAGAUACGCUGAUUGUUUAUUUAUCUGUUGUGUUUUUAUUAUUAUGAAAAAAAAACUACUAAAUAAUUUCACAAGCUUUUAUAAGCUUACCGUGCUGUUUUAGUCAGCCUUUUUAACGGAUUAAAUAUUAA